CACGGCGUGAACGGUUUUAUAAACACAAAGUCACAUUGUUUAAUUGAAAAAAUCACGCGCGCAAAGACAACGGUAACCGUUCAAUUGCAAAACAAUGCCGGCAAAUGUUAUUAUUCCGUGGUCGUUUCCGACUUUCUAAAGGUCUCCUGUCUUUCGAUGCGAUGCUCGCGAUUCCAGUCUGGAAAAUCGCUUUAUUUUAAUUGAGUGGCAAGAACAGAUCGCAAGAUUUCUGGCGCGAUAGCGCAAUGUUGUUAUCUUUAAAGUGUGCAACUUGGAUCUUGAUAGUUUUUUAUUUGAAUGCCCGGCAAGGCGAUGGAUUGCGAAUACUCGGAAUAUUUCCAUUUCAAAUGUCAAGUCACUUCAUCACCUGUGAACAACUAAUGCGAGGUUUAGCUGCAAAAGGUUACCAAGUGGACGUCUACAGUCACUUCCCAUUAACAACUCCCGUGCCAAACUAUCGAGACUUUAGUUUGCAAGGAACUCUACCGCCAAUAUCAAAUAAUGUCACUUACGAAGUGGCUACAGCCUCGGAUCUUUUCAGUUUGAAGAAUAAUUGGUUCGAAUCACGCCAAAAAGCCAUUUGCGAACUUUUGGGUCAUCCCCACUUUCAAAAAUUGCUUCACAAUCCUCCAAGAGAUCCACCUUAUGAUCUUGUAAUCACAGAGUUGUCGAUCGUGCAUUGUUAUAUUCCGUUUGGGCGUCACUUGAAUGUACCCGUGAUCGGCGUCGUAACGCCGUCGCUGUUCGCUUGGCAAUACAGUGGAUUCCAGACGCCAAUCAAUUUGGCAGUGGAUCCAUGCACGAACGCAGCUUUCACUACGCCAAUGACGUUCUGUCAACGACUGAUCAAUCUUCUUACUCACGAAUGCCUGAAGUUUGGCUUCGCAUUGUACACGCAUCCUCAGAAUAAAUACGUUGAAAAGUAUUUUGGUCCAGGAUUGCCAAAUGUUGUUGACUUACAGAAAGAUAUCUCGUUGGUAUUGGCAAAUUACGAUGCAUCGUUGUUUGGCAUCAGGACUUUUUCACCUAAAGUCGUACCGGUACCUGGAUUGCAUAUUGUUGACCACAAUGAGACAUUGCCACAGAUCGUGAAAAAGUGGUUAGACGAAAGUACAGAGGGCUGCGUAUAUUUCGCGCUUGGUUCCAUGGUAAAAAUAGAAACUUUUCCCAAGCACGUCCUCGAUGUAUUUUACAAAUCUUUCCAAAACAUCGCUCCACUUCGCGUACUCUUGAAAAUCACAAACUCGUCGGAAUUACCACCCGGACUACCGUCGAAUGUUCUCACUCAGUCUUGGUUUCAACAAAUGCCAGUAUUGAAGCAUAAGAAUGUCAAAGCUUUUGUAACCCAUGGAGGUUUGCUGGGCACGCAAGAAGCUAUUUAUUUCGGUAUUCCAAUGGUCGGUUUUCCUUUAUUUUUCGACCAUCAUUUCGAUAUGAAUCACUACGUCAAAAAGAACAUAGCGAUAAAGAUCGACGUACACGAAAUUACAGAAACAAGAUUAACUAACGCUUUAAUGGAUGUAUUGAAGAAUCCACUUUACAAAAAUUCGAUCGAAAAAUUAAGUCGGCAAUUCAAAGAUCGACCUCUUUCACCGAUGAACAGCGCGAUAUAUUGGAUAGAAUAUGUUCAUCGAUAUGGCAAAGACGUGCUUAAAUCUCCUACCGAAGACAUACCAUGGUGUCAAGCAUGUCUUCUAGAUAUCUAUGGAUUCAUCGUUGCAUGCAUCUUAAUUGCUUCAAGUACCAGUUUCUAUUUACUAAAAGAGAUCAUAAGACGACUACAAGCAAAGUUGCAUCUUAUAGGUUCAAGUUUGGGAAAAAAAGAAAACUAGUGUAAUUUAUAUAUUAUUAAGGGUAAGAGAAUGAACAAAUUUGGUAAUUAUUUGUAUUAUUGGUAUUAAUUGUUUAAGUGACUAUUUUGCCAAAAAUGUAAAGGAGUCAGAACGAAAAGAAUGUUAAGUAGCAAGUUGUGCUACCAUAAGUCGACCGAAUUAAAAUGAAUUUUAAGCCGUGGGAUUAUAGUAAUUUUUAAUGAAAAUCCAGUUGGUUGACUUCUCAUAAGAUGAUGUAUUUUGAAAAAUUCUCGACAGAAUAUGUAAAUAAUUUGUUAACUAAACAAAGUAUA